AUGAUUGCCACACCCGUUGUCGGAGCAUUGAUGCUUGUCGCCAUUGGAGGUGGUGCACUUGACGAUGCGAUUGUUGGAAUCCAUGAGUCAUUGACGCGAUGGUGGAAGGGCACUCUUACUCCCAGGAAGAGGGUGACAGCCCGCGCAAGUGAAGAUACGACAAUUCGUAAAGUUCGAACUCUCCAGCGCAAACAAUCUAAGCUCGAACUCGCGUUUGAUCAGCUUGAGACGCACGCGCGCAAGGAGAGGCAAAUGCGCUUAGCAGAGCACGCAGCAGCAAGUCUGUCCGUCAAGCCAAUGGAUGAACCAGAUACUCGAAUGAGCCCACCAGUGGCAAACCCUCGUGUGGUUGGAACUCGCCGACGUAGAAGCCGCGGCGACUCCUGCGACAUGGAGAUGCAAACUUUCUAA